AUGAGACCCGAGAAGAAGACCCCACGUGGCAAAACGCCUGCGAGCGCAAUCAAGAAAUCGUCGGCCAGGCCCGUCAAGAAGCUUCCGCACGCCCCCAGGGCACUAAGAAAAUCCUCCACGCCGAGCUCCGAGCGCAGCCUUUCCAGGCCCAGGGAAAUAACUGCUACGCCAACCGGCCGUAUCAACACAAAAAGUCUGCGGAUUGAUCCCGCUUCUCCAAUGGACAUCGGCAAUACCCCGAAGAGAGGCUGCCGCCUUGCCCGCACUAACAACAAUUCCAGAAGUGCAACGCCGGAAAGCAUGACGCCAAAGCGCGGAAGGAAGCAAACAGCUUCGGGCAUGAAGGCCGUUGAGCGUCUACUGCAAGCCAGCAAGCGCAAAAGUUCCCGUUCGUCCAAGAAGGCCGUCAGAAGAAUAACCAGAAGCGAGCAAUCACACGACCUCGUCGCCUUCAUGAAGAAGAUGGACAUCGGCGGAAACAAGGCCAAGGAGCAAAAGCCG